AUGGUAUUGAUGUUGAGUGUAAGCCAUCGACAAUACUGUGCCCUCGGGCACAACUUCACUGGGCACACAUCCUCGGGCUCUGGUUCGUCCCAAUCGCAACCCCUUCCCCAGCCGAAUAUCCUGACUCUAUUCUCCAAGGAGCCCAGCUCCCACCCGCUCAAUGGCUCUCGCGAUCCAACAAUUGGGCCACCCAUGGCAUGGCGCAGGACCACCUUGGACACCAAGCUUGGCAGCUCAUCCGCGCGCUCUCCCUCCGACACCUCUGGAAUGACCACUGCCCAAUUUGAGGCCCUGGCGAGUUACCGCACACGCCGCCGGCACCACCUCUCCGGUGAACUCUACCAAACCCUGAUCCUCCAGUGCCGCCGCUUUUUAGCAGCACCGUUCUCUCCACCGCGCGGCCCGACCCCAUUGCACAUGGAGGGGAUGGUCUUCUUUGAUGGCGCGGCCCGUUUGGACCGGGCGUGCGGUGGAUCAGGGGCCUUGGUUCUGGCCCGAGAAUUCCCUCUGCUAUGCGACUACGAUGCACACUAUCUCCCGAUGGCUACGACCAACAACCAAGCUGAGUACGAUGGCCUGGUCCGUGGUCUAACGUUAGCGCGGACCCAAGGUUACAUUCAUCUUACCAUCUAUGGCGACAGCCAACUGUUGGUUCGACAGAUGAUCGGGGUGUACCGCGUACAUCAUCCUGGGCUUCGGUCUACGUAUCUCCAGGCCCGCUUACUCGCGGCUCAGCUGAAGUGCUCCCGGCGACAUAGGCCACGGGAAGGAAAUCAGGCGGCAGACUUUUUGUCCAAGCUAGCGCCCAUGAUCGAGCCUCCUAUACCUCCCUGUCCGGACCCCAGUGCAACCCCAUCCCCCCCAGCCAAAAGGCCCCACUAUUCGAUUAACGUUACUUGGAUCUCGAUCCCGGGUGAAACCCUCUCCCGAUCUACCCACCACGCGUAG